UCCUGUUACCGGUACCGGGGCCGUCUCUCUCCUCUUCUUUCCCCUCCCCGCGGGGCCCGUUUCCUCCCCGGGGCCGGCGGGGUCUCCCCGGUCCCAGCCGCGCACCCCCCCCGGUGCUGUCCGGGAUGGCGGCCGCGCUCCCUCCGGCUCCUUCCCCCCCGGUAAGCGCAGCCUGACCCUCCUCCCCCGUUCUCUCUUCCCGCCUGCAGGUCGCUCCGCCGCCAUGGCCUCCAGCGGGGAGGAACCGAGGAGCGACUCCCUGGGCCGGGCGGGCACCGGCACCGAGGCGGUACCGACGGCCGACACCGCUCAGCUGGACACCUUGGAAGAUUUUGAGGUGCUGGAUGAAGAGGAGGAGGAGGAGGAAGAAGACCUGAGCGAGCUGCCGCCGCUGGAGGAUGUGGGCAGGCCGCCGGCCCCGCCACGGGAGGACGCCCAGCCAGGCGGGGGGGACGCACCUGGGGACCCCGAGGAAUGGCUCGAUGUUUUGGGGAGCGGGUUGCUCAAGAAGAAGACGCUGGUGCCGGGCCAGGGUGUGGACACUCGUCCCAGGAAGGGCCAGGACGUGACCAUCCGCCUGAAGGCCACGCUGGAGGAUGGCAGCGUGGUGGAGGAGAACCCUGCCCUCACCUUCACGCUGGGGGACUGCGACGUCCUGCAGGCUCUGGACCUGUGUGUGCAGCUCCUGGAAAUGGGGGAGACGGCUUUGAUCGUGUCGGAUGCGAAGUACUGCUACGGGGCGCAGGGCAGGAGCCCUGACAUCCCCCCCAACGCGGCCCUCACCCUGGAGGUGGAGUUGCUGAAGGCUCAGGACGGGCCAGACCUGGAGCUGCUCAGUGGGAAGGAGAAGGUCGAGCUGGCCAACCGCAAGCGGGAGCGUGGCAACUUCUUCUACCAGCAGGCAGAUUACGUGCUGGCCAUCAACUCCUACGACAUCGCCCUCAAGAUCAUCGGCUCUAGCUCCAAAGUUGACUUCAGCCCGGACGAGGAGGCUGAGCUGCUGGACGUGAAGGUGAAAUGUCUCAACAACCUGGCAGCCUCUCAGCUUAAAUUGGACCAUUACGAGGCAGCCCUCAAGUCCUGUAACCUCGUCUUGGAGCACCAGCCAGGGAACAUCAAAGCCCUCUUCCGAAAGGGAAAGGUCCUGGCUCAGCAGGGUGAAUACAGAGAGGCCAUCCCCAUCUUAAAGGCGGCGUUGAAGCUGGAGCCUUCAAACAAGACCAUCCACGCCGAGCUCUCCAAGCUGGUGAAGAAGCACGCGGACCAGAAGAACGUGGAGACAGAGAUGUACAGAAAGAUGCUGGGCAAUCCCAGCGCCGCCGGCGCUCCGGGGAAGUGCAAAGACAAGCUGCCCUGGUCCAUCCCCUGGAAGUGGCUCUUCGGCGCGACAGCCAUCGCUCUCGGCGGCGUGGCCUUGUCCGUGGUCAUCGCGGCGAGGAACUAAGGAUGGCGGCGGGGUGGUGUGUCCCCCCCUCCCACCCCACCGUGGCACAAGGACCUGUGCCGGGAGACGUGCCUCUCUCCUGUCUAAGGGGGGGCUUCCUCCGGGGGGGGGGAACUUCGCUGACCCCCUCCCCGUGGACUCGCAGUUGCAGAAAUAGAGAUGCUUUCUCUGCCGGAGGUGCCGGAUCCCCAUCCCGACGUCCCCCACCGUAUCCCUCCUGUGGGGACACGGAGCCGCAGGCAGAGCAGGGACCCCCCCUCAAGCACCCUCAGGGGCUCAGCCCCCCAGCCCUGAGUGUUUUUGGGGGGCUGAGGGGGGGGGUGUCCUACACACUGGUACGUUGUGAUUGUCCCCAGCCUGGUGAACCCCCAUAGGGCUGUGGGGUCCUGGAGAGAUGGGGCUGGGGGGGGAGGAAUCGGUGUGGGGAUGAAACGGGAUGUGCCCAAGGGAAUGUGGGGUGAGAUUCCCUACAUUUUGGGGGGGGGGGCCACACCGAUGUCACACACACCCCCCCCCUUCCCCUCCUCAGCAUUCCCCCAGAGCGUGCAAUGCCCAAAGGAAGCCAAAGAAACCCACGGCAGGGGGGGGAAAAUCC